AUCACGAAUUCGACGAAUAUCCUAAAAAAAUUUAAAAUUAUUUAAAAAAUUUUAAAGAAAAUAAUUAAUUUUUACCAAAAAUUCACUGAAUUACCUUCAUAAAAGUAUGAAAUUUUAAAAACAUCACAAAAGAACGAGAUAAGAAGAUGCUUUCAUUUAAAAUUUUGCUCAUAUCAAUAAUUACACUGGCAAAUUCUAUCGAUUUUUCGUAUGGAAACGGGGCCAAACAAUCGUUCAAAGUUACCAACAAAAUAUAUUCCAAUUUAUUUUUGCGACGACGAGAGGAGCACAAAAACUUACUGCAGCACUUGACGACGACUGAAAAAUAUGAAAAACGAUACAAAUUAAUAGAAUUGGCAUUUCAGAAAAUCAUUAAUGGUCUCCGUGAGAGCAAAGCCACGCUGGAAGACGCCAAUUAUCGCCCACAGUUGGAAUUUCCCGAAGAUCAGGGCAUCGCGGAUGCUUUAGCUUUUGUUUUAGAGAAUACUUGUCUUAUUGGCGACCUGGUUUUACAUUUUCCUGACAUUUCGUAUCGAAUUUUGAAAGGAGUUCGUGAUUGGAAGCCCCUUUUUAACUGGUGCAUCAAUUUCGCAAAGAAAGUUGAUCAAAUCGUGGAUGAGCUUUCAGUUCGGAUGCUCGAUUUGUUCUAUCAGGAGAUCAACGAGGACGAAAGAACGCCGGAAUAUUUCAAUCCGUAUCUCGAAGCGAACCAGAAAAAGCAUGCAAAAGCUGAAAACGGGCAAAAGGACAAAGUGAAACCGACAAAAACGAAGAAAAAAAUCAAAAGAGGUCCACAAUUGGCAGGCAGAACGGAACUUUAGAAGAAAAAAGUUUUUUAGAAAUUUAAAUUUUCAUCUGUGAUCCGUCCUGAUAAGAGAAAAAAAGCAUCCUACGUUGUCAUAAAAUAUUAUAUUAGGUAGUUUAUCAGCAAUAUUUGUCGUAAUUACUUAUUAAAU